GGAGCGGGCCCGGGGGCGCCAUGGCGGCGGGGGAAGGAACGGUGAGGUGGGGCGGGCUGGCCAGCAGGGACGCGGCCACGCGGGCGGCGGCCCUGCAAAACCUGAGGAGGCUCGUCCUGGCCCACCCCGGGCCCCCGCGGGACCUCGGCCACAGCAACAGCUCCCAGCCGCCGCCUCCCGCGCCGCCGCCCGGCCACCGCUUCAACGCACUCCUCGCUCGUCUGCUCAUGGUUUCGAAGCGGUGCCCUUUUAAAGAUGUGAGAGAGGAAACGCGAUCCAUUCUGCAGCGCGUGCAGGAACUUGGAAUUCGAAUUCCUAGACCACUGGGAAAUGGACCAAGCAGAUUCAUCCCAGAAAAGGAGAUUCUUCAAGUGGGAAAUGAAGAUGAGCAGAUGCACGCUUUGUUUGCAGAUUCUUUUGCUGCGUUAGGCCGUUUGGAUAACAUUACUUUGGUGAUGGUUUUUCAUCCACAGUACUUAGAAAGCUUCUUAAAAACCCAGCACUAUUUAUUACAAAUGGACGGUCCACUGCCUCUUCAUUAUCGACACUACAUUGGAAUAAUGGCCGCAGCAAGGCAUCAAUGCUCAUAUUUGGUGAAUCUCCAUGUGAAUGAUUUCCUUCAUGUGGGUGGGGACCCCAAAUGGCUUGAUGGCCUAGAGAAUGCUCCUCAGAAACUGCAGAACUUAGGAGACCUGAACAAAGUACUGGCCCACAGACCAUGGCUCAUUACCAAAGAACACAUCGAGCAACUGUUGAAGGCUGAAGAGCACAGUUGGUCCCUGGCGGAACUGGUAAAUGCAGUGGUUCUGCUCACACACUAUCACUCUCUUGCCUCCUUUACAUUUGGGUGUGGGAUCAGCCCGGAAAUUCACUGUGAUGGCGGCCACACCUUUCGACCUCCUUCGGUCAGUCACUGCUGUGCCUGUGACCUCACCAAUGGCAACCACAGCACGGAGGAGACGCACGUCAGCCCAGCGGGCACUGUUCCAGCAACAGAUUCUUGGUGUGAGGUGGAGGCCCUCAUGGAGAAGAUGAAGCAGCUCCAGGAGUGUCGUGAUGAGGAGGAGGCAAGUCAAGAAGAAAUGGCCUCACGAUUUGAGAUUGAGAAGAGAGAGAGCAUGUUUGUUUUCCCUUCAGAUGAUGAAGAAGCAGCACCAGCGAGAGAAAUAUUGCGUCACUUUGAGGACACCAGUUACGGUUAUAAAGACUUCUCCAGGCAUGGGGUGCACGUGCCAACUUUUCGAGUGCAGGACUACUGCUGGGAAGACCAUGGUUAUUCUUUGGUUAAUCGUCUCUAUCCAGAUGUGGGGCAGUUGAUUGAUGAGAAAUUUCAUAUUGCCUAUAAUCUGACAUACAAUACCAUGGCAAUGCACAAAGAUGUGGAUACCUCCAUGCUUAGGCGGGCAAUUUGGAAUUAUAUCCACUGCAUGUUUGGAAUAAGGUAUGACGACUAUGACUAUGGGGAAAUAAAUCAGCUAUUGGACCGCAGCUUUAAAGUUUACAUCAAAACUGUAGUCUGCACACCUGAAAAGGCCACCAAAAGAAUGUAUGAUAGCUUCUGGAGGCAGUUCAAACACUCUGAGAAGGUUCACGUUAAUUUGCUUCUUACAGAAGCUCGGAUGCAAGCUGAACUCCUCUAUGCUCUGAGAGCCAUUACCCGCUACAUGACCUGAUUUGGGCUUUCUGGGGCCAAAAGCUUCGAGACGUUUGCCCGGCUCUUCGUGGGGGAAGGACCAGUGGAAAAAGAAAUCCCUCGGGCCCCGAUUCCUUUAGUUUCCGCUGCUUCACUGAGGGAAAAGCGCUACUAGGAGCAGUGAGCACAUGGUGACGGGGGGCCCGUGUUGGGACAGAGGGGGUGAGCAGCCGGGGCCGCGUCAAUGCCCAAGGCUCUCGGACAGCCUGGCACGACGCCAUCCAGCUUUUGGGGAAGUGGGGUGGCAGGAGCUUGGAGCCAGCAGGCCAGCGAUGGGGCUUGGCUGUGUUGAGCUGUAGGGAGCUAAAGAAAUGCAUUCGAUGGAGCUGGUGGAGUAAUAGGCGGUCUGCCCCAGUUCAGCUAGAAGUAAUCAUGUCAACACUGCUGCUAUUCCCUGAGCCUCCUAGGUUGCAUGUGUGGUUGAAAAGCAAACUUGCAUAAUACCUGUUGAUACCUGUUCACUGCUGCCUUUUCAAUCGUAGAGUUGAGCAAGCCUCAUCAUAAAAAUGGCAGUGACUUUCUUCUUUUGAAGUUUUGCCUUCAAAGACAUUAGCAGUUUUUCAGGUUUGGGAGUUAGCGGAUAUAAGCCAAAAGACACUCGUCUCCAAAACAAAUUCCAGCCUUCUUGAAGCUAUCUUAAAGUGCAUAACUUCAAGAAAUUCUGACCUGUCCCUUUUCCCCUCCUCUCCCCACCCCCACCUUCACUCCCCAACUCCGCCUUGCCCUACCUUAAGGGCAGUGAAUUGUGCUGGGACUUUUGUUUCUGGGUGCAUUUGUACCAAUGGUCCUCCCUUGAUCACGCUGCUCUACCGCUAAAGGUGGAAAGUCCUUGCAGUAAGUGAAUCAAAACUUGAUUUUCAAACAAAAAAUGCUAAUGAUAUUCCAGGGGCAAACUGGUUUGGGAAAUGUAGAAGUCCUCUAUACAGGGAGAGUGUGAAUUGCUUUUGAAGUCUGUUCAGUAUUAUCAGUAUUUUUUCAAUAAAGGGCAACAACAUUUUCCUCCUUUU